AUGGAGCUUCGGAGUGAUUUCGUGUCAACAAAGGCCCGCAAGAGAGUAUUGGCAAAGGCUCGACGGUGCAAAUAUGCCUCGAUGUGUAUGCUUUCAUUUUUGCCUUCGUGUAGGCGAAAGGGAAGUGAAGCUGCGGUAUUAUAUGAGUCUGGGUUACGGCAUGCGCUCAUGGUGGUGGGCUUUGCUAGUUGGAGAAGGUCAUCAUUGACGACAACGAUGGUCAUGGUGUUGCUUGUCACGAGAGGGUGGACUAAGUUGUGGGUUGAUUGUUAUGAAGGAGGUAGAUGUUCUACUUGCCGACAAGGUUGUUGGAUUCUUGGGGUAAUUGGAGUUGCUAGUUUCAAUGGGUAG